CGCCGCCAAGGCUAGGACAGCCAUCCUGCCAGCCUUUUCCUCCAUGGCCCGGUCUCCGCUCCUGCCAUUCCUGCCCCUUCUGCUGUUGCUGAUUCCACUUGAGGUUCCCAGAGCAGCCAGAGCGUCCCCACUGCAAGCAUCCUCCGAGGGCUCAGCCGCCUGCAAGGCCCACAACCUGUGCCUGUUGGGGCCUCGCCCGUUGCCCUCUGCACCUCCCGUCAAUGUCAGCCUCUAUUACGAGUCCCUGUGCGGAGCCUGUCGCUACUUCCUGGUCCGAAAUCUGUUUCCGACCUGGCUGAUGGUUAUGGAAAUCAUCAACGUCACCCUGGUGCCCUACGGGAACGCACAGGAGAGAAAUGUCAGCGGCACGUGGGAGUUCACAUGCCAACACGGGGAGCUGGAGUGUAGACUGAACAAAGUGGAGGCCUGCCUGCUGGACAAGCUAGAAAAGGAGGUGGCUUUCGUAACCAUCGUCUGUAUGGAGGAGAUGGAGGACAUGGAGAAGAAACUGGGACUGUGCCUGCAGCUGUACGCUCCCGAGGUGUCAACAGAGAGCAUCCUGGAGUGUGCCGCCGGGGAGCGGGGCACACAGCUCAUGCACGCCAACGCCCAGCUCACCGGCGCCCUGCAGCCGCCCCAUCAGUACGUGCCCUGGGUCCUGGUCAAUGAGAAACCUUUGAAGGACACCAGCCAGCUCCUGAGCUCUGUCUGUCAGUUGUACCAGGGAGUGGAGAAGCCAGACAUCUGCUCCUCCGUGGCCGACCCCCCCAGGGAGGUCUGCUAUAAGUGAAGGUCCUUGCCCCAGGAAAAAGCCCAGCUGCUCAGCCUUCAAGAGAUGCCAUCCAACCACGAGAAACCUGUACACACCCCACAAAACCCAGACUCAAAAGCCCUCCUCAUAAUCAAGAAUCUUGCCUUGUUUUCCAUGGUGCUAAAUUUAAACUCACUGGAUAAAUCAUCUAGAUUACUUUUCCUGGA